AAUGGUAUAGAUCUAUGAUCUAUUAAAUGUCAAUGUUUUAUUUUCUCGAGAGGUGGGAAAGUUUAUUACUUACGGACUACUGUUACUGAUUAUUGUGAUUACUAAUUAAACUGAUUAUUUUUAGUUAAAUAUAAAAUAUACUGGUGUAAUUGUUGAUAUUUAAAUUAGCUUUUCCAGUAAUAAUAAUGUCUUCUGAAGAUCCUUAUGCCAGUGUGCGACAAAGUAAAUUGAAGUUGAAACGGGAAGAUGGUAUAAAAAAAAAGAAAAAAUCGAAAACUAAGAAAUUAUCAUUAGAACAAGUACAGGAUACACUGAAUGACGGUGCUGAAAGAAAAACAGAAUUAUCAUCUGAACAGAAAAGAACGAAGGCUGAAUUGGCAUUCCUUAAACAAAAGGAAAAAAAUCAAGCAAAUAGGAUUUUAGAGAAAGCAACCAUGACUCACAAAGAAAGAGUAGAAAAAUUCAAUCAGCAUUUGGAUAGCCUCACGGAACAUUUCGAUAUCCCUAAGGUUUCAUGGACUAAGUAGUAUUACAUUCACUUGUACUACACUUUAUGUUUAUUACUGCAAUAAUUGCUGCCCUCUUGAAAAACCUAAAUUUAAGUUUUCUUUUCUAGAAUUAGUAAACGACUGUAAAUACUAAAUGAAUUAUAUGUAAUAUAUAAUAAUAAUAACAAUAAAAAAUAUAAUUUUAUAAUAA